CGUAACAAAGAUCAUCACACUCGAUUCACUGACUAUUCCAUUUCACAUUUCCUUUUCAAGAUACCCUCUAUCACCUGCUAGCUUUUAUUUGCGCGCGCCCUUUGCGGAAGCGCAAGGUUCUGUUCAUCUUCUUCGCUCACAGCUUUUGUCACCCUGAAGGCUUGCGAUUCGCGCUACGCCCCUUCGGCCCCUACAUGGAGACAUUGUCCCGACAGGUACACCCACAUCAAACCCAACUCAACAAUCAUUACUUGCAUUGGCCCAUCGCGUCUUCCUGAUGCCACGUCCAAGGGGUGCGGCUACGCGCGGUGCUACACGUCGCAAUUCGCAGCAAGAUGACACGCCUUCCCGGACCCGUGGUCAAGCAGCAAAACAAGCCCCAUCAGAACCAGAUGCGCCAGACACGGUUGCACCAAGAUUCAGUCCCACCAAGCUGAGUCCUACCAUCACCAGGAAGACAACUCGCUCAGCUUCCAACAUUUCUGGUAAUUCAUUCGAGGCUGCGUCCGCAUCCGAAAUUUACGCAUCUUACGAGCACCCGUUGUUCAUGGUCUUUGGUCUGUCACCCGAAUUCUUUGAUGGUCUCAAAAAACACCAUGGAAAACUCCCGAAAGAGCGCAAAUCACUAGUUGGAUCACUUCUAGAACGCUCGCCUUCCUCGGAAGAUGCCUCCGACUCUGAAGAUGAGAGCGCCGAGGAGAGUGAGGUUGAAGUGCCUGUUGCGCCUCAACCAGCGCCAAGAGGUCGUGGACGCGGUGGUCGAGGCUCACGUGGCGGACGCGGUCGAGGUGGUCGCGGCAGAGGCAGUCGAGGAGGACGCGGUCGAGGCGGUAUCUCAAGAGGGACUGCAUCCGCGCCAUCAAAAGCUGCUCGCAAUGCUGCCGCCAUGUUUCCACUUACAGAAGAUGAUGAUGAUCAGCCAUCCAAUCAGAGCACACCCAACGGAAACGCCAAGCCGUCGAUGCGACUACUCAACAACAACCGCCUGCAUAGUUCUGAUGAUGAGAACGAAGAAGUGAUCGAGGAUGACGAGAGCGAGGCCGAGUAUGAUCGCAUAGACGUUGUACAGAAACCAUUCAGAACACCCCAAGGUUCUGCGCCACCCGGUCAAGACUCACUCGAAGGCGGUUCACGUACAUCAGCACUGACACACGAGUCAAGACCAGAGCCUACGUCUAGGAGAUCCACCAAGCUUGCAGUGCCCAAGAUCACGCUGCCAGAGUCAGCCUCACAGACACCGCGAGAUUCUGCAUCAACGCCCGCUGAGUCCGCAGUCCCGAGACUGCUAGAGCCUGAGGAGGAUGUGCUCUCCGAGUCAGAUCUUCCUGAUCCCUUUAUCGAAGACGCGCCUUCUCCGAUCGAAGCCGAGUGUGAAGAUAAAGCAGACUACCUCCUGCAGAAGCGUUUCAAGCCGAUGACUGACGUACAAGCUGCCAUCGCCGCCCUGACAAAGUUUCCAGCGGCGCAACGAAGUACUGAGAAUCUCUACGCUCUGACGCAGAACACGCAGCAGAUCCUCAAAGCCUGGCAGGAUGAGUAUCUCGUGUUGGACGCAAGGACUGCACCUCACAUGCAUCCAGCAAAGAAGGCCUGCAACGGUGGGCGUAUCCCACUGGCUCCAGAAGUCUUCGAGGACAUGAAAGAGGCCGAUCUGUAUGGCUAUGUCUACGACCCAAAAAAGCCACCCGGUUGUCAGGAUCCUUGGCUACAGCGACCAGGCGCGGAGAAGGGCGGUAGGAGAGAACUACGUACGCGUCGCACACGAGAUCAGCUUGAGUCGGCCGCUCCCAGUGAAGAGGAAGACGAAGAAGACGGUGAAGGUCGGCCCUCCAAACGGCAACGAAGAGCCACCCGCAAAUUUGACGGUACUGACACAGGGACUGGUGCCAACACCCCCAAAAAGCACAACGGCUGGGGUGGCGCGCGCAAGAAAGGUGUUAGUCGAUUCGCGAAGCCAACCUCGGAGACGCCAGAACCUGAAGGACGAGGCGUAAAGCGAGCCCGGACAACGGCUAGUAACUUGCUCCAUCAACGCAUCCAAGAAAUGAGAGAGGAAUCAGUCGUCGGUAGUUCCGGAGACGAGGACUCAUCAACCAUGGACGUAGACGAGUAUUCAGAUGCUAACCCCAAGCGUGGACGUCCAGCCGGGAGUAAGAAUGUAGCUCGACGCAGCGACUAUGGAGUAAAGAAAGGCCCACGAAAGAAGACGAGCGAAUCUGGAACGCCAGUUCCCUCAGCACAUGGCCCAAACGCUCCACCGCCAGCACUGAACUCAAUGAGUGAAGGUCAAGGCACAUUACAGUAUUCUGCGCCCAACCAAGAGGUACCACUUGUGCAUCCGAGCGAAUCCAGUACUCCUGACGCGUACAUGCUCACUGCCCCCCUUAGUCAGUAUACAAAUAACAACAGCUAUGCGGACGACUCAUCCCCAGCGUCAGGCUCACGACGAAAACCGCGCGUAAAAUCCGAGAAACGCAGUCAGUCGAUGACCAUGUGGUGGGCCGAACGCAAGGCGAAGAAGCGCGAAGAGGAAGCGCAAGCCGGAAUUACCCCAACACCCGACUCGCGCGAAAAAUCUUCGACGCAAAAGGGUGCCCGGCAGUCUGAAGGCUCAGCGACUGGUGCUACACCGCAAUCGCAGCCUUCGCAUUCCCAGCAAGCAUCUCCGAUACACCAUCCACAGCACGCUCCUCAACACAGUCCACAUCACCCUCCGCCAGAAGCAUACCUGCAGUAUACCCAAGGCCCACCGCAACACUACAUGUACCUCAGCGGACCGCCUCCACCACAACACAUGAUGAUGCAGUACUCGCCACUUGCGGCCCUUCCCACUGGUUCUUUCCCUAGCCCAUAUCCCCAUCACGCGCCACACCUCCAAACUGGAAUUCCCCUCACGCAAACCCCGAGCACAGCAGGCGGACCCUUCGGAGGCCCCCGCCAACUUGCCCCAGCACCCAUGAACAUGCCCACAUACCCCAGCCCGUACGGUCCCCAAAGCCCAGCUGGUGGCAGACCCAAGAGCAGUGGCCAAUCACUACCUAGGAGUGCUGCUACUACCGGCCAAAAUGGACAGCAGGUACUGGCACCUGCCCCAUCUCAGCAACAACACCAGCAGCAGCAAGGACAGCAUUUCAGCCCGUACGCACCGAUGAAUGUCGGAGGUGCCGCAGGUCGCGAGAUGCCGUUCAAAGUCAUGGUUCCCGGGCCAGCUCCAGAGAGGAGGGGAAGUCGCUAGAAGCGAUUGUCGCCUCGUAAUGAAGGCGGAGGCGAGGAAAGUGAUGACAGUAUAUACGUGCUUGAUUGAUUGAUUGUUAUUUCGCGAUAGAGAGCUGUGGUGGGCUGAAAUGGGCGGCUUUGAGGGGUCUACUGAACGAUGCGAAUUAGAAAGGCUGUUAGUAAGCCUGUGUAUUAUAGUAAUACUACUUAAAAAAUUCCAAUUGACUGGUUUUCAUGUUGGGUGUCUUGCUUUGAAC